AUGGCUUCCUCAAAUGUCAACGUCCUGCUAUCGUCCUUUCCGGGACUGUCGCUGCCUGCGACACUUUCCUUCACCUUGCCGUCGACAGCGACUACAUCAGAUUUGACGGCCAAGAUCGCCUCAUACCUCCCGUCAUCGCUCUCUCUUCAAUCACUCAUCCUUACCACAACAAAUAACAAACACCUGACAGCCACCUCCGAAUCUAUCCAAUCUUUCCUCCCGACUCGCGAUGGCGUCUUCACCUCUACACUCCUUCCGCUACGUCUGACAGCCCCCACCUGUGGUGGUAAAGGUGGUUUCGGUUCCCAACUGCGUGCCGCUGGAGGCCGUAUGUCCAGCAAGCGCAAGCGCAAUCAAGGCGACAACAACGGCUCCAGUCGCAAUCUCGAUGGCCGUAGACUGCGCACUGUCAACGAGGCAAAGGCACUCGCGGAAUACCUUGCUGUCAAGCCAGAUAUGGACAAGAAAGAGAAGGAGGAACGCCAACGCCGCUGGCAAGCCGUGGUCGAGAUGGCCGAAAAACGCCAAGACGAACUGAAGAACGGCACCGGCAGGCAGAAGGUGGAUGGACAGUGGAUGGAAGACAGGGAAGAAAUGAGCGAAAGAGCCCGUGAGGCAGUUCUCCAGGCUAUGAAGGAUGGCGAAUGGACCGACAAUCUUCGCGACACAAUCCUGGGUGGAUCUAGUACUAGCGCUAGCGAUGAGGGCAGUGAGGAGGAUGCUUCAUCUAGCGAGGACGAAGAGAGUGAGGGAAAUGGAGAGUCAUCCAAUGAUGCUGGGCCCUCCGUGCCUCAAAAGGUCGCCCCCAGGAAGUUCAUUGGCUUCGAUGACGAUGACGAGUUCAUGAGCGACUCUGAUGAUGAGACCGAGGAAACUGGCAAAGGAAAGGGAAAGGCGCGUGCUUAA